GAGGAGCCGUUUCUAGGUGCUGCCUCAACGUUCUCGCUUAUCGCACACUCUACUUCACCAGCAGAGGAGUCGACGAAGUGUCUUUCUCUCUCUCUCUAUUCCCCACCCCUCGAAUUUCAACACAAUUUCUGCCCGCCGUCGCACUGCUCCUCCUACGCUCACUCCUCCUAGUUACCGCAUUUCCCCCGCCCCGCCACCAUGAAUAUCUUCAGAUUCCUCGGCGACAUGACUCACCUGAUCAGUAUUCUAAUUCUGCUUCUCAAAAUCUACGCCACCAAAUCCUGCUCAGGGAUUUCUAUGAAGACGCAGGAGCUGUACGCUUUGGUAUUUCUCGCGAGGUACUUGGAUCUGUUCACGAACUUUGUCUCCGUUUACAACCUUAUUAUGAAGCUGGUCUUCAUAGCCAGCAGUCUCGCCAUUGUGUGGUGCAUGCGGAGGCAUCCUCUGGUCCGGCGUUCUUACGAUAAGGACCUCGAUACCUGCCGUCACUAUUUUCUCAUCGGCGGAAGCUUUGUGUUGGCCUUGCUUUGGCACGAGAAGUUCACAAUUGAGGAGAUCUUCUGGGCCUUCUCAAUAUAUUUGGAAGCAGUUGCAAUUUUUCCUCAGUUGGUGAUGCUCCAGAGGAGCGGCAAUGUGGAUAAUUUAACAGGGCAAUAUGUCUUAUUUCUCGGGGCCUACCGUGGACUCUACAUCUUGAACUGGAUAUACCGUUAUGUGACUGAGAAGCAUUUCGGACGUUGGAUAGCUGUUAUCUCUGGUGUCGUACAAACAGCCUUAUAUGCAGACUUCUUCUACUACUACUUUUUGAGUUGGAAGAACAACGGAAAGCUUCAGCUACCAGCUUGAAAGCCGGGACAUAGGUUCAUCAUGAGGUGCUUACUGUGGGGUGAAAGUUCUAACAAGGGUUUUAUGUCGUCAGCAGCUAGAGAGUUUACAGAGAAAACAGGGGUUUGCAUAUCCUAAAUGAUUUUACUUUUUGGAUUACAUGAGAUAAGAUAUUUGCUCGUCGUUUUGAAAUGGUCCUCGGUGGGUUUUCUGAGUAGCAGCAGCAGCCUCCAUUUACUUCCAUAGAUGUAAAGGCGGAUGGAUGGAUGGAUACAAGGGUAGGAGUAGGGGCUUUACCACCAUUCACCGUUGACUGGUGAUGUCAACUGAUUUACCAUUAACCCUUGUUCAAGUCAUAUCAUACACGUUUGCUGAACCGUGACAAACAUUGGUUUCAUUUCUUUGUUCAAAUUUGCAACUUGG